AUGGGGGAGAAGCAUGGCGGGAGCCACCGGGCCCUGCUCAACGAGGGAGAGGAGGCUGAAGUGGAGAUCUUUGGCUACAAGAGCCGGGGCCUCCGGAGGGCCCUGUGCCUGGCCGGCUACGUCCUCUCCUGCGGGGGCCUCCUGCUUCUCUUCCACUGGAAACCCCAGUGGGGCGUCUGGGCCAACUGCCAGCCCUGCAGCCUGGAAGAGGCCGACGUGGUGCUGCUCCGGACCACGGAUGAAUUUCAGAUUUGCACCCGGAAAAACGUGACCUGGAUUCCUCUGCCUGCCCACCUGAAGCCCGGCUCUCUCCCCACGGACGAGGAGGAGCCGCUCCUCAACAGGGUCAUCGAGAGACCCGGGUUCAAGGUGCGGUCCCUCCAGGUGCAGAAGAUCCGCUACGCCUGGGACUUCUCUGCGCGAGAGUUCCGGAAAGUCGGAGCCCUGGAGGACCAUUGGAGCUCCCUGGAGGUCCACGCCAGGUUCGGGGCAGGGCUGAGCAGCUCCCAGCAGGAGCUCAGGAGAGAAAUCUGUGGCCCCAACACCAUCGACAUCGAAGUCACACCGAUCUGGAAGCUGCUGGUCAAGGAGCAAUCUGUGAAGCUGCACCAGCUGGUGGAAUCCCAUAAUAGUGUCCUGGUCAAGGUGUUCAGGAAACAGACAGGCACCCAGGAGGUGGAGUCCCGCCAUCUGGUGCCCGGAGACACCCUGAUCCUGGACGAGGGCAGGAGACUGAUGCCCUGCGAUGCCCUCCUGCUCAGCGGCCAGUGCAUCGUCAACGAAGGCAUGCUGACCGGGGAAAGUCUUCCCAUCACCAAGACCAGCCUGCCCCAGGACUGCAAGAGCAACCAACCGUGGCAUCUCAGCUCCUCCGAGGACAGCAAGAGGCACCUUCUCUUCUGUGGGACAGACAUCAUCCAGGCCAAGGGAGGGGAUGGAGGACCAGCAAGGGCCGUCGUGCUGCGGACCGGUUUCAACACGGCCAAGGGAGACCUGGUGAGAUCCAUCCUGUACCCCAAGCCGAUGAACUUCCGCCUCUACAGGGACGCCAUGCAGUUUCUCCUGUGCCUGGUGAUGCUGGCGGCCAUCGGGAUGGUCUACGCCAUCUGCGUCUUUGUAAUCAAUGGGCAAGAGGCAGGCGAGGUGGUGAAGAAAGCCCUGGAUGUCAUCACCAUCGCUGUGCCUCCAGCCCUGCCGGCUGCCCUGACCACCGGCAUCAUCUACGCCCAGAGGAGGCUGAAGAAAAAGGGGGUUUUCUGCAUCAGCCCCCAGAGGAUCAACGUGUGUGGCCAGCUGAACCUCCUCUGCUUCGACAAGACGGGCACCCUCACGGAAGACGGGCUGGACCUGUGGGGCAUCGUCUUGGCCCAAGGAAAGAGCUUCCAGGAGGUCCAUCGCUUCUCUUCUGGACCCCCAAUGCCUUGGGGCCCGGCAUAUGCGGCCAUGGCCUGCUGCCAUUCCUUGAUGGUCCUGGAUGGGAAGAUUCAGGGGGACCCACUGGACCUCAAGAUGUUCGAGGCAACUCACUGGGUGCCCGUGAAGGGCCUGGCCGUCCUUCGGCAGUUCCCCUUUUCUUCAGCCCUGCAGCGGAUGACGGUGGUGGCCCAGGAGGCCCCUGGGGACGGCCAGGUCUUCAUGAAGGGCGCCCCGGAGAUGGUGGCCAGUUUCUGCCAGCCGGAGACAGUGCCCCCCAGCUUUGCCCGGGAACUCCAGGGCUGCACUUCCCAGGGCUUCCGAGUCAUUGCCUUGGCACACAAACGCUUGCAGGAAGGAAGGCUGGCUGCCUCCAUGACCAGGGAGGAGCUGGAGUCCGGCCUGACCUUCCUGGGACUGCUGGUCAUGGAGAACCGCCUGAAGAGCCAGUCCAGGCCGGUCCUGCAGGAGCUCAGCCAGGCCGGCCUCCGGAGCGUGAUGGUCACCGGCGACAACCUUCAGACGGCGAUCACCGUUGCCAGGAACGCGGGCAUGAUCCCCCAGGGCAGCCGGGUGGUUCUGGUGGAAGCGAGGGCCUGGCCAGGGCAGCCCUCGGCCUCUGUCAGCUGGGAAGAGCUGGAGGAGCCCGGCAGUGGCCCAGAGGUGAGCGGCCUGGCGGAGGGGAGGCAGAGGGGCAUGGGGUACCCUCCACCCGCCGGGGACCUUGGCUGGCACUUCUGCCUGAGUGGGGGCUCCUACGAGGUCCUCAGCCAGCACUUCGGGCACCUCCUGCCACAGCUGCUGCUGAACGGGACGGUCUUUGCCCGGAUGUCUCCGGCCCAGAAGGCCCACCUGGUGCAACAGUUCCAGCAGCUUGACUACUACGUGGGCAUGUGUGGAGACGGGGCCAACGACUGUGGGGCCCUGAAGGAGGCCCACGCUGGGAUCUCCCUCUCCCAGCAGGCGGCCUCGGUGGCUUCCCCCUUCACCUCCCAGGUCCCCACCAUUGAGUGUGUGCCGGAGCUGAUCAGGCACGGCAGGGCAGCCCUGGUCACCUCCUUCUGCAUGUUCAAGUACAUGGCCCUCUUCAGCCUGGCCAGCUACAUCGGGGUCCUCCUGCUCUACUGGCAACUCAACUCCUUUGGGAAUUACCAGUUCCUCUUCCAAGACUUGGCCAUCACCACCCUCAUCGGGAUGACAAUGAGCCUGAACGGGCCCCACCCCAGCCUGGCGCCCUAUCGCCCCCCCACGCAGCUGAUCGCCCCUCCGCUGCUGCUCUCCGUGGUGCUGAACCUGCUCCUCAGCCUGGCGGUGCAGCUGAGCGGGUUCCUCCUGGUGCAGCAGCAGCUCUGGUACUCGGCCAGCGACAUCCACAGCGCCUGCUCCCCUGGGAACGCCACUCACGGCCCCCAAGCCCCCCUGCCCCGGCAGGGCUUCCAGAGCUACGAGAACACCAGCGUCUGGCUCCUCUGCACCCUCUACUGCCUGACGGUGGCCGUGGUCUUCUCCAAGGGGAGGCCCUUCCGGGAGCCCCUCUACAGAAACUAUGUCUUUGUGGCAGUCCUGAUGGCGCAGCUGGCGGCCUGCCUCUUCUUCCUCUUUGCCAACAUCGAGGGACUNUAUUGGGGCUGCUCCUUACUGGAGUGGCUGAUAGAGAACCGGGCGCUCUGGCGGUGGCUGAAGAGGGCCGUGGGCUACCAGUCCAGCAGCCGCUACAAGCAGCUCCAGCGGACCCUGCGGCAGGACCCUGCGUGGCCCCCCAGCAACAGGACGGACUUCUCGGGCUGCACGGCUGUCCCCCUCGAAGGGCCGGGCCCCACCUACACCAAUCCGGCCUUUGUGAGCCACGAGCAGCCCUGCCACAACUGCUGA